UAUAUUGCAUUCGAUCCCACGCACGAAACGGAAAUGACGUAAAAUGGCGUCCAUUGUUACCAAGUUGUAAAUUACGAGAUUUUCAGUAAAGAUGAUCAUCUACGUUGAAAGCAAGGACUUUCCAUACAAGUCCUUUAUUACUGUGGUAAAGCCGGAUGAUAAGGUUGCUAGGGUGAGAGCUCAGAUGCUCCAUAUCCUGUAUGAGAUUGGUAGAGAGGAUUUCCAAUUCAGACUGAGGUACAAUGGACAGUAUUUAAGAGAUGUGUUUUGUCUGACAGACUACAAUAUAGGACCCAAUGCUGUGGUCAGGAUGGUCCCUCUCUCGGACAAUAGAGAUGACUUGUCUGAUUUGAGGUCAAUUUCGAGUAGCUUGACCACAAACUUUGACCCGGAGAAGGAGAAGAUACCGUCUGUGAAAUCAGCUCUGUAUUAUGAAAUCCGACACCUUAACUGGAGAGAACGUCUUGUGAGGGAUAUGCAUACACUACUGUACAUGCACUCGUUGGCUCUAUUCCUGUAUGUGCUGACCUCAUACUGGUACUCAAUCUUCUGGUUACUGGCUUAUCUCUUACCUUACUGGUACCUUAUACCCGGCUUCACACGUAUUGGUGGCUAUAUUGGGAACACCUUUCACAGGCGUUACUGGUUUUGUGGAAUUGUUGGUAUCAUCGGACUAGCAGUGAUGAGUGUUGCAAUAUUCCUCACUGUGGAUACAAUCAAAGACUUGGCGGAUGAUGGCUGUACAAAUGGAGAAUUUACAAAUGGAUGCUCAAGACAGAACAUGUACUCCACCUUCAUAUUUGGUAUUCAUGCUCUGGUAUUGCUAGCCUCCAACAUUACAUGUGGAUUGUUACUCUACAGCUUCAGAACUGAGGUUGGUGAUGUUAUUGAAAGGUACCUGGUACAGGAACGAGAUAUUGAGGAAGUGAUGAAACUGGCUCGAAGCUCUAAACUGAAGGACAAACGGACAGCUGCUUAUGAGAUGGCAACAAUGGCUGCCUCAGGUGAUGAUAACAAGUUCAGGAUUGUUGCUGAAGGAGGGUUAGAUGUAUUGAUAGCAAUGAUAAUCUCCAAUGAUGAGCCUACACAGGAAUAUGCCGUAGAGGCCCUGUCGGAACUAAUCACCAUUCAGUCUAUACAGGACAACUUUGUUGAAGUGGGUGGGGUACGUAACUUGACAUCACUUCUUCACUCAAACAGCCCACGUGUAAUGCAGGAGUCAGCACGAGCAUUGUAUACAAUUUGUCAGAGUGAUGAAAACAGACAUGCUGUGGCCGAGGACCAUGGAUUGUUGGACUUGGCCAAUGCUGCUAAGGCGGGUUCCAUUGAAACACAGAGGAUGGUUGCCAGUAUAUUUCUAGAACUUGUCUUCAAUAGUGAAAUAAGAGUUCACCUAACCACCAGGAAUACACCAGCCCAGGCUUUGGUACACCUGUGUAAGAGUAACGAUAGAGAGACAAUGAGAUUUGCACUGUUGACCUUGGAACUACUUGCCAUUGAGAGCUCGGAUGUUGUCUGUGCCCAGGAGGAGUUAUUAGAGAUACUGCUGGACAUUCCUGUGAGAACGAACGACAAUAAACUGAGUCUGCUGGCCGGGAAAAUUCUCCUCUACUUUGCUGAACAUGAUCAGUCUCGAGAAAACAUGUUGUCAAUGCCGUACCUGAAGGAUACCCUGAUGAACUUCGCCAAGACCAAUGAUCCGAUCUUACAGAAGGUUGUUAUAAAGGUCAUCUUCUGUAUGAUGGAUACAAGAGAACUCAAGGAGAGAGCUCGUGCAUUGAGACUGGACCAGGUGCUGACCUACUGUCUGGACAAUGCUAUUGACAAGCCUGUCUGGGACAUGGCUGAUCAAGGAAUACAAGUGAUCAACUCUGAUGAGGAUAAUUUCCCAUCCCUGCCGGUUCUCAGCACAUUUGAAAAGCUUGGAAUGGGACAGAACAACAGCUUUGGUUCCCGAACUUCUCUGACAUCGAACCCAAGUGCAUCUGGUUCCCAGAGGUCAUAAGGUCAAAGUGACAUUUGUUACUGUUUGACAGGAAUCAAAAACGGCAUAGGAUGAAGGAAAAAAUUUUACGCAAACUGUAGUGACUUAAGUAUUAUGAAAAACUUAAAUCUGUGAUAUUAUUACUGUGUGAGUAGUCAUGUUAAAAAGAUUAUGUAGCAUGUUCAUGUUUAAUGCUUUAACUUAAUUAGGAACAUAACUGUAUUUUGUUACUUUCCAAUUGUAUUUAUAUAUUUUUUUACUCCAAAUCAACCUCAGGUCAAUUUAAACAAAGACAUGUGUUUGGUUGCAAUAUCUUAUGUUUAUGUGUAGUAAAUCCCAAAACAUUAUAGUGUCUGCUUAAAUUGUUGCAUAGUGUUAUGGAUAAACAUGUUUAAAAACAUGUGUGCCUGUUCAGGUACAGUUGAAUAUAUAAGGCUAUAUUUUGUAAAGACUUUUAUUGAAAUAAAGAAGGAAUUUCAAAAUCUAAAUUUAUAGGAACUCAUAAAAUUGCAUUCUCUAGACAAUGCCAUAAAGUUUGUAAAAUAUCAGAAUAAAAACAUCAAGUCUUAAAUCCUUCACAUAUGAAUCGUUAACCUCGGCAAAUGUUUUAGCCUUUGUGACCAGUGUAGAGCAAGAUCAGCCUGCACAUCUGUCAGUCAGUAAAAUUUCAGUGAACACUCGUUUGAAUCAUAAGUGGUUCUGCCUAAAUUGAAUGAUGGACCAGUCCAUUUUAGGAAUUUAGCAGGGUAAAGGUUAUGGAAUCAUAAAUCAGUAGGUAGAUCAACUGAUUGCGGUUACCUAUGACAAACACUGUUGAAAAAUGAUGCUAAACCUAACAAAUGCACAUUAUAUUAAAAAUAUGAUUGGAAAUUAUGGUUCUUUUGAAUGUGACUGCUCACAUAGUGUGUAUAUUCUUUUACUUCUGUGAUAUUGAAUGAUUGGUUGAUAAUCCUACCAAGAACAGCCCACAACUUGCAAUGUAAGUAUUAUAUCUGAAAAAUUGUUACUGAUCAUAAAAAACCAACCUUUGUUGAAACAGGAAUACUUAUUGGCUAAGGUAUUUUACUUGCAAAUUUUAGAAAGGAUUUUAGAAAUUGAGGGUUUACUUACUUGGAUUUGUUGUCAUGAAGAUACAAUGGUUUGUGAAAAAAAUCUCGUAUUUUAGUUUUUGCUUUGAUACAGGAAGUGAAGAAUGUUUUGUGUUUUUUUUUUCCUCAGAUUUCUUUUGUUCUAUUUUAACAUACCUGCUUUGCCUAUUCUUUGUGAUAACAAUUUAUUUGAUGACAGAUAUUCACUGGUUGAAUAUUACUUUAGAAUGUUACUUAUAUAUAUAUUACAAUACUAAACUUCUUUGUUGAACAUUUAUUGUCUGACAGAACAUAAUACAGUUUUGAUUAUCAAUUCUAUCUUGCUUUAACACGUUUUCUGGUAAAUUAAUUAAAUAUUUGAGUGAAAUACAUCUGGUAGCUUCAGUGAAAGUUAUCAGAUUUUUUUCCUAUACACCACUCUGCAUCUGGCUUUAACUUUUUUAAUUUAAAAGAUGAUUUAUUUUGAUCUUGCACAGAAAAAAUACCCACUAAUUAAAUAUUUUAAGAUAAUUCCACAAAACUAGGAAACUUUCUCUUGCAGAUGAAUUCAGACUUCAGCCAAUUAUAAAUAUUUUUACUAUUUGAAUGUAUUAUGACUCGGGCAAUCAGCUAUCAUAUUUUCCUGUAGGAUUUUCAUUGUUUAUUUAAAUGAGGGAAAUUUAUACCAAUAUUUGUGCAGAUUGCGGUAGAACAUGUUUUUAAUUGUUUCAACUUCUACCGAUGCCAAGUGUUACAGUUGUACCUGAGUAUGUUUUAAUGCAUUUAUUUUUCUAGAUAUAUAUUUUUAAUUGUUCUUAAUUUAUCAUUAUGGCUGGUCCAUAUUGUCCUGUUUUUGUCUACAAAAUCCAUGUGAAAAUAAUCAUUUUGUUCGCUACAAAGAUGUUCUUUAAGUUGCUAAGAAAUAUUAAAUCUGACAUUGGCUAGUUGAUAAAAAAACUCGGCCAGCUCCUAGUCACAAUUAAUUUCUUUUUCCUCUUUCAUGAAGAUCUAACUUGACUUGAUACAUAAAUGCAUUUGAUAGCAACUGGAAUUUUGUU